UGACCCGCCAAGCUGACAGACACACACACUCUCGGUGACCGCUGUAUCGGAAUCCAGCCAGUCAGUCAGUCAGCCGACACGACGCGGACGGGCAUCCAUGUCUGUAUGCUAUCCAAGCUUUGAUUGUCCCCUUUGAUUGAUCCCAUCCGGCCAUCCCACCUCAUCCCCCCCAUCGCAUACCUGUCCGGGCACGGCGCCGGAUAGAGUUGCGGUAUGCCACCAGCCUGCCUGCCCGCCCGAUAACACGCCGCCUCUUUGGACUGGGAUGCCGUUCCCAUUUGAUUGUCCUCUCGUUGUCCUACCAUUCCCUGCCCUGCUGCUGCUCGCACAUAUCAGCUGGGCGCUCCCUUCCCUUGGUUUUUCCUUCUGUUUUGUCCUCGUUGUCGUUGUUUGUCUGACCCCCCCUGCUCAGCCUUCCCAUCUGCACCCAUUCCGUUCCGCACCACCUCUCACGAUAUCACACGUAUAACACUACAUCCAGACAGCAGCCACCAUGUUCUUUGAACUCGUCUUCUCUUAGGCUACUGGUCCGGGGCAUGCUUCCGCGUCCUGGGAAACGUGUACCAUCGCCUGUGGUUACAUGUCCUUUUGUCCCCUCCUAAAACAGCCAUCUUGAAUCCUUCGCGGCAUGCUUCCAGCAUAACACAUGACACAGAAACAAUCUUCACUUGGUCCUUUGGUCAUGAAGAAGGACUCUGAUAAAGAACGUAUCGCUCCCCCUGGUCCCAGUCGCUACAAUCAAUCCCUUCUUUCCAAGAUCCAGCGACGCCUGGAUGAGGCUUCAUUGGUCCAGGAGGAACUCGCUGGCUCGCGCGAAAAUCUAUUGAUCCAACGCGAGAAGAUACGAUCAGCAAGCAAUCGAUUGAGUGACCACCGUAAGAAGACAGGUGAUGUCGAAGCACAAUUUAUGAACAUAGUACGCCAGUUCUAUCUUGAAAGAAGAGAAGAGUUCCCGCCCAUCCUCCACGACGCAUACAACAAUGUCGAGGCUGCUCGUGACAGAUUGGGAGUCAUGGACGAGGAGUAUUUGCAGGCCGAGCGCACCCUGAGCGGACUAGAAUGGACCUUCAUGGAAAAAGAAAACGAUGUGUACCAAUUCGAGCUGCAUGAACUCUUCUCCAAACUAGCCGCGACGGACGUUUCUUCGCCAUCCGCAUCUCGACCUCCGACUCCCACAGUUCUCCAUUCUCCAGAUCGCAAACAACCAAUCUCCACCGUCAAUGUGGAGGAGCAGUAUAGAAUGGCAGAAGCUGAGCUUCAUUACCUGAGAGAACGGUUCUAUCAUCUUCGGGAAGAGCAAUCCAAACACAUGGACGACUUGGAGGUAAUGCCCGAAUCACUCAUGUUGCCAGAUGAUUCGCCGGAGCUCGAGCUCCUUGAAAGGCUGAUGACGAGCGAAGUCAAAGUUCAGAGUCUCAGACAACUUCUUUUGUCUGCCAACGAACCGCUCCCACCACUGAACCGGCGAAUGUCUGAUCCCAUGCACUCCAAAAACCCAACACCAACAGCGUUUGAGGACCAUGUCACAGUCCGUACUGAAAGCGCUGUUCAGACUUUGUCUGAUAAUCCUUCCACACAACAGAAGAUUCAAAAUUGGGUCUAUGAUUGCUUGAGCAGCACUGCUAUUCAAAGAAAGUUCUAUAUUGAUAUAUCGGAUGACAGCAAACGUGUGGACUUCAGGGAAACGCAACAAACACCCAAGAAUACUAUGGACGGCGAUCCUGGUCUUCGGAAAAGCUUGGAUGUUCACGAGGAUCUGGCAAUUAAGCAACAGGCUGCUGGUCCAGAUUCCCUCAUCGCACCCGACAUUACUGUCCAAGUACUACACAAAAUUGAAGGAUCGAAAGUGGACAUGAAACAACAACCACAUCAGCCUCCAGCUGAUGAACUAUCUCCGUCGAAUGCUACUAUGCAGUCAGCAUCGACUGCCCAAGCGUCUCCAGCUGCUAUCCCUACCUUUACCUUCGGGGAUGAUCCUCGGGAGCACUACUCGCCAGAUGCAGCGUUGGAAACAUACCAGCCUUCAAUACUCUCAACGACUGCUCUGCGAGAGAGUCCGUUGCCAGAGAGUCGUAAUGGUUCCUCACUCGAUGAGAGAGCGUCGGUCGAGGGAGAAGGCUCUACACCCGGAAAGAGUAAAAACAACACGCGUGAAGAUUCAUUAGAUCCCUACCAGCAAUCUGCUUCGUUGAGUAGAUCCAGCGAUGUUCAAACGUCGUCAGAUCGUGUGUAUCAUGAUACAUCCCGCCUUGGUCAGUCAGCAAUAUCCACUUCGGAUUUGCCUUGGACUACUUUUUUAGCAGUUGACAGAGAUCAUCCUCCGCUUCGUCGAACUCGAUCUGUACGCAGCUGUUCCCUGGAACUCACAAUGUGCGAUCGAGGGAACGCAUCUAGCCAUGUACGAGCUCACAGCACUCCCGCUAUUUCUUUUAGGCAAUAUCCGGUGUGA